AUGUCGAUAAGACCUGUGAAUCUUGAUGACUUUGCAGAGACAUCUUUUGAAGAUAUCGAAGCGACCGUGAGCCCUGUAAAUUGGCCAAGAUCAGACGCAGCUAAACAUAUAUCAACAGCAUCGUCCCCGUUAAAAACUCAAGGUGGACCGCCAUCAACAGCAAGCUCAGAAAGUACUACCUUUUCCAACAACAAAAAGCGCUACUCCACGCAUACAGAAAGCGAUGAAGACGGAAGCGCCUUCCUGGACGACUUUGAAGAGUUCCGGGGUAAGAAAAGAGACGAUGAGCUAUUGAAGAGGCAUUUCAUACAGGAUUUCGACGUGGACACGAUAAAGCACGGACCAGUUUUCGAAGGUGACAAUGAACAAAGUGAUGACGAAGAUGAGGUUCGCACGCUGACCAAAAGGUUUGCCCAACAAAUGCGGCCAGCAACGAAAAGCAGAAACUUGAGCGGGACUUCCCGAUCCAAAACGCAAUCUGGCUCAUCCUUCCAUAAGCAGCCACAAUCAAUGCUCAAUCUGCGUGGAACGUCGAGGGAACGCAAACCUUCGAAUGGACGACCCUACGAAAUCGCAAACAGCAGGUCUGCAUCGAAUUUGAGGGUGGCUAGUCGUCACAACCCAAAAACUGUGCAAUACAAAAAAUCCAUGCCUAUUCUUUCGCGCUACGAUAUCAUACGUGAAGAGAACGAGCGGGAUGAUUACGAUGAAGCUUUCGAAGACGACCUCAAGUUCGAAAAGAGUCUUUUGCAGCCCCAGUUCCUUUCGGAUGACGAUAAUAAGUCACCUUUGAACUUGUCACCUUCACAAUAUACUGUUACCGCGGACGACUCUUUACUCACACCCCAGCUGCACAAGCGACACUACGAGUGGGUGAAACCCAGCCAAUUGGGUAACUUCAGGGAGCCCGCGAGGUCAUCCAAGCCUAAGAAAAGACUCUCCGCGAGCAGGAGGCUGAAAACCAUAAAGCAGGAAAUUGACCAUAACACACCCAUGAAAAAGGGACGCAUGAUUUACAAUCCAGAAACGCUAACUUGGGAAGGAAACGAGCAGGCCUUGUCGAAAUUCCGUGACGUUGACACUUUUGACAAAAAAGCUAUCAUUAUCCAGGAGAAGCCCGAGCUGCAACCGCCAGACGAGAGUGGAAAAAGAUCAAAUUUCAAGCAGCAUGGCAAAGUAGUUGGCCGCAUGAUGUUCGAUCAAGAGAAUCUAUGCUGGGUCAGAGUCGACGGUAAUGAAAAGAACCCGUUCAAGGAAAUUCCAGAUUUUCUGCCGCGCACAAAUAUUGCAAAUGCUUCAGGCAUGGGUACGAAUGGUGUAUCUUCCAAACGAUCCCAAAGCCACUUUGCUCCCAGUCGUGAAAAUGGACGUUUUCCAUCUACGGCAACAACGAGAUUCCACUCUUUGGGUACAAAUCCGUCUUCACAUGAUUCUACGUUCACUGUGGAUUCCAAGACGCUGGAAAGGUUUUAUCAUGAGGAAAAUCGGUGGACUAAAAAAGUUGGAGGAUGGUUUAUUCCCCGGGAUGUCGAAAUGGAGGAGUAUGACGCUGACGAAGGAUUGCCAGAUUCAAAGGGCAGCGAUUACAUGUAUGAAAUACGAAACAUGGUGAUAAGCUCGGCAAGGAAUUAG